AUGGGUUCUACCGAUCCGCCAACCUCCCUCACGCAGGUCGCGCUGGACAAGGCAGACUGGCCGCUGUUUACCAAGGCUCAGCUGCUCGAGUACUUUGAACGGAUUGAUCUGCCCCAGUCCCACCUUGAGUCGAUUGUGCUUCAAGAUGGGCUCCAAGCCGGGACUGUUGAGUAUGGGCUUCCCCUGCUGCAGGCUAUUGUGAGACACCACAGCAGCCGCGUCACGUUCGACAACCUCGUGCUGCACUAUUCCGCCCACAAGACGGUUACGCUCGAUCCGGUCGCCCUCUUUGAGCGCAUUGUCCGCCAGAAGCGCGGCGGUCGCUGCAUGGAGCAGAACAGUUUCCUGGCCGCGGUGCUGCGGUCGAUCGGCUACGAGGUGCGCAGCGGCGGCGGCCGCGUCUCCCGCGCCAUGAGCCCGUACCCAGAAGUGCGCCAGCACCAAAGCACGACGUACGACGGCUGGAACCACAUGCUCAACCUCGUCCGCAUCGGCAGCGAGUGGCACGUGGUCGACGUGGGCAUGGGCUCCAUGGGGCCAAACAUGGUCAUCCCCCUGCGCGACGGGUUCGAGACAACCAGCAUUGCCCCUCGCCUCAUCCGGCUGCAGCUGCGACCGAUUGCCGAGUCCUACGCCUCUGCUCCCGCCGCUGGAGGAGAAGGGCGACCUGGGCCUCCACUGCUGUGGUGCUACGACUGCUGCUACCGCCCCUCCGAGUCUAGCCCCGCGGACAAUGUGUGGACGCCGGUAUACUGCUUCACCGAGGCCGAGUUCCUCCCGCAGGAUUACGAGAUGAUGUCGUGGUUCACGUCGACGAACCCGCGCUCCUUCUUCACCCGCUACGUCACCUGCACCAAGAUGCUCCUGGACGAGUCUGAGGAGCACGUCGUGGGCAACCUGACUCUCUUUGUGGACACCAUCAGGAAGCAAGUUGGGGCUACCCGGAGCGUGGAGGCGGAGUGCAAGACGGAGGAGGCUCGCGUCAAGGCGCUGGCUGACGUGUUUGGGAUCGUCCUCACGGAAGACGAGGUCCAGGGCCUGCCCGACGACCGGAAACUUCAGACAUGA